AUGGUCACCAUGUCCGGUCAUGCUUCGAAUGGUCACUGCCUUCCUACUACCUUCGAUAUUAGUCACUUGGAUAGGUUUCAUAUUUCCCCCUUUUUCCGAUGUUUUAAGGAUAUUGAGAUGAUUGUUUGGAAGCCUCCUACUCAUCCUUACAUCAAGGUCAACACUAAUCAUUCUCUUCAUAAUUCUAAUGCUGCUUGUGGGAGAAUUUUUCGUGAUCAAUAUGGAGCCUUCAUGGGCGGUUUCUCGGCCAAUAUUGGUGUUUUCUCGGUUUUUGAGGCUGAAAUCAUGCGUUUCAUUAUUUCUAUCGAAAUGGCAGCUAGGCAUCAUUGGAGGUUUCUUUGGAUUGAGGGUGACUCUACUAGUGCUCUUUUUGCUUUUUCCAUGUCUUCUUUGAUUCCUAUUCGGUGGCGGAACCGUUGGCACAACUGUUUUUCUCUUGGCAUGCAGGUGUUUUCCUCUCACAUCUUCUGCGAAGGAAAUGGUUGCACGGACAAGCUUUCCAGUCACGAUCAUUUAGUUACUGAUGUGGUUUAG